AUGAGAAGUGUAUUUCAUCGAUUUGUCUUGUACUCAACACUGUAUGUAGCUCAAAAUGAUGUAUUACAUUUGAAUGUUGGUGUUGUAUAUUUUUGUACAUUAAGAUCAACAUUAACUUUUAUUAAAGGUAUUAUAUUUGAUACAUUAUUCGAUAUUGAUCAAAAGUUAUUACUCGAUCGUGAUAAUCGUAUUUUUCUUGAUUAUGAUCCUGAAUUAUUUAAACUUAUGUUAAAUCAAUUAAGACAAUGGAUUGAAAGUAAUGAUAAUGAUCAAUUUUUUGAACUACCAAAAACAUCGUUCUAUGAUCGUCAACGAUUUUGA